AUGUCAAAAGCCCAAAGUUUUUUUACCAAGUUGGCGAGAAAUGAAAAUCCUUUUAAGACAUCGGAAGCUGACGGCUCACAUGCAAGUAAUACGCCAAAAUUGACGGAAUAUUAUAAUCAAUGCUGUAUGGUGGCAGGCGAACAUAUGGAUAACCCUUGGAAAUACGUUCGUGAAGACAUUUUGUUCAUCAUUUAUCAUUGGAUUGAUGUAAUAAAAUUCUUACUCGAUAAUAGCAUUCUCGGGAUACGUUUCAAUGACCCUAGAGAUCCACAUAAGGGAAUUAAUGAACUCGAUUUAUCGUAUUGGAAUAAUUGGAAAAGUAUACUGUUCCAGUUAUGGUGUGUUUGCCACACGAUUCCUUCUAUUAUUCUCUACCCAAUUAAUGAGAUGUUAUCAAAAGAAGAAGAAAGUCGUAGACCUUCGAUAAAUGUAGAAGAGCACAAUGAUGAAAGAUGGUUUUUUAUUAACGGUGUCAUGGUAAAUAACCAUUGGCUAGAUGAAAAUUGCAAACGUUUAGAACAUCGUUUCAAUAGAGGUGUUACGGGCAUUUUUAAUAGCAGUUAUGGUAUUUUUUUGGAUACAGCUGAAACUAUCCUCGCGAGAAGUUUUGAUGAUGAAUCAAUACCGGUACGUUGGGCUUCAUGGAAUAUUUUCAAAGCCCUUAAAGAUGAAAAUAUUAAAAAAGUUAGAUUAAUCGCACAUUCUGAGGGUAGUGUCAUUGCAAAUUUGGUCAUAAAAAAAUUAUACUGGGAGUUGAGCUAUUCAGAAAAAGAUGCUUACAGUGAAAACCUUCUUGAGAAACUUGAGGUUUACACGUUUGCAAAUAUUUCUAGAGAGUUUAUAAAUCCAAGAGGCUUGAUUAAAUGCAUUGAACAUUAUGUAAAUGAAGAUGAUUUUAUUGCUAAGAUGGGCGUCCUUCGUGAAGUUUGUAAUCCACGUUUUCAUGGAAAGAUUUUUAUUAACAAAAAUGCUAGGGGUCAUCUUUUCAAUAGGUACUAUAGCCUUAAUCCUGAAGAUUAUAUGUUUUGUAAGAGACCAAUUGAAUGCAUUUCUGAAUGUGAAAAAAGUGAAACCGCUGAGAAUCCCACAUUCCUAAAUUUAUAA